GAGACCCCCCAUGACUAGUUGUUGUUCCCCACACAGGCAAAAACUGAUCUUGCUGAGGACUUCUCGAUGUUUGUAUGGCUGUGAAAAUUCCACAGAAAUUAACCUAGAUCAUUAGGGAAAUUGGGUUUCUGAUCUCACACAGUAAGAAGACACCAAGCGGCCUUGUUUGGUAGAAUAUCAGGUAUUUUUACCUAAUGGCGGGGAUUGGAUUGGGUCUAGAGCCAGCCUACUUGCUAGUGGGUACAGAUGUAAGUGCUAAAUAUCGAGGUGCAUUCUGUGAAGCCAAAGUGAAGUGUCUGAAGAAACUGGUGAGGUGUAAGAUAAAUUUUAAAGAUGGUUCAACUGCAGUAAUUACUGAUGACCAAGUCAAAGGACCACUGAGGGUAGGGUAUCAGAUACAAGCAAAGCAUCCAGAUGGACAGUUCAUGGAAGGCUGCAUUUCUAAACUAACUGAUGCUAGUUCUUAUACAGUUGUCUUUGACGAUGGAGAUGAGAGAACUCUAAGAAGGACAGCACUCUGUCUACAAGGUGAAAAACAUUUCAAUGAAAGCGAGACACUUGAUCACUUACCUUUAACUGAUCCAGAGAAUUUUGGUACGCCUGUGAUGAAAGAUGGGAAGAAAACACGGAAAAGACGUAGACCCAAUCAUUACUCCAGUCUGUUUCCUUAUCUUAGUCGUAGCGAUGAUGAAGAUGAUGACGAUGACAGCGAGUUUGAAAAAACACCAGUUAAACGAAAACGAACAUCUGAAGAUGAUGAUGUGGGCAGAGUUGUUGUCGUAGAAACUAAUGAGAAGAGGAAACCAUCAUGGUACCCAGCGCUGAUUAUCCAUCCUCAGAGGUCAGGAGAAACUGAAGUAAAGGGUAAAGACCACAUUAUAUUGAAGUCAUUCAAAGAUGGAAAAUGUCACAGCGUUUCAAGAAAAGAUAUGAGAGACUUUAUUCAGAAAGAACAUACAUUAUCAAAGGCAGAUUCAGGAUUAAAACCAGCAAUUGAGAAAGCAAUAGCAUUUCAAGACACAGAUGAAUUACCGCCAACAUGGGAUGGUAACUUGCUGAAGGAGAAAAAAGAAGAAAGUGGUAGCAGUGAAGAUGAAGAAGUGGAUGGGGAUGAGGAGAUAGAGGAGGACUCGGAUGAUGAAUAUGAUGAAGAAAAAGACAGAUGGCUGGCAGAACUGUAUAAAUUCAUGGAGGAGCGGGGUACGCCAAUCAACAAACCACCUGUGCUGGGCUAUAGAGAUCUAAAUUUGUAUAAACUUUAUAAACUUGUUCAAGACUUGGGAGGAUGUAAGAAAGUGACAGACAAUCAGAAAUGGAGAACGAUAUAUACAAAGAUGGGUAUCCCAGUACUUAACUCUGCUGCGUCAUACAACAUUAAAGCUGCCUACAAUAAAUACCUUUAUGCUUUUGAGGACCACUGUCGUAAACUUGGUAUGGGAUUCACAGCAACAAGACGAUACAGUAGUAGUAGUAGACUGCUCAGACAGCAGAAACCAAAAGUUGUUAAAAGAUUAAGUCCAUCACCUGCCAGAGAGUCACUCGAUGAAGAAGAAGCAAAGCCAAAGAAAAAGCCUGGCAGAAAAUCUGAUGCAAGAAAAGAAGAAAAGGCCAAAGAAAAAGAAAGAGAGCGGGAGAGAGAACGAGAACGUGAACGUGAAAGAGAACUUGAAAUGCAAAAAGAAAGGGAAAGGGAACUAGAAUUGGAAAGAGAACAAGAAAGGGAACGGGAAAGGGAGAAGGAGCGAGAGAAGGAAAGGUUGAAAGAAAAGGAACGCGAGCGAGAGAAAGACAAGAAAGAAAGGAAAAAGAAGAAAGAUACAGAACUAAGACCAGAGGAAGAGUUAAACGAAGAAACUGCCAUGGAAAUUGGAAUUGUUGAUAGUGAUGAAAUGAGAGAGACUGAUUUCAACAUUGGUGAUAAAGUGGCUGUCAGAUAUGGAAGAGGAAGAACACAGAAAGUCUAUGAAGCUAAGAUUGUUGACAUUGAACAAGAAGAAGAAAGUGAUAUGAUGUACUAUGUACACUAUAGUGGUUGGAAUGUGCGAUAUGAUGAAUGGGUCAAUUUAAACAGGCUUGUUAAAUCACUGGAAUCAAAGAAAACUAAGAAGAAGAGUUUGGUGAAGGUAAAACAGGAAAAAGAAGAUGUUGAAGAAGAUGUGUUGGUAAAGGAAGAGGCGGAGAAAGAGAAGAUCAAGGAGAAAGAAAAGACAAGUGACAGGAAGGAGAAAGAAAAAACAAAAGAGAAAUCAAAAGAGAAGGAAAAAGUCAAGGACAAAGAAACUAAAAGUGUUGAAAAAGAGAAAGUUAAAGCCAAGCGUGGUCGGCCACCAUCAUCAGGAAAAACAAGUCAACCAUCUACACCAAAAGGUGGUAGUGGUAGACCUAAGUCGCCUAUUGUGUCAUCACCUUCACCAGUCCCCAGCAAACCAUCACCUGCCGCAAGACGACCAUCACCUGCCCCUAGGAAAGCAUCACCCAUACCUAGAAGAGCAUCACCUGUACCAAGAAGAACAUCACCUGUUCCCAGAAGAGCAUCACCUGUGCCCAAAAGGGCAUCACCUGUCCCAAGAAGAACAUCACCUGUUCCCAGAAGAGUAUCGCCAGUCCCUAGCAGAACACGAAUUACUCGAUCUGACAGAAAUAGUUUGAAUGAUAACCCAUUUGUUAAUGGCUUAGAAGCUAAAACAAGAACAAGGAGAAGUUCAGGUCCAAUAGAAUGCAAACAAAGUAUGGAGAGUAGUGAAUCAGAAAGUGAGCCAGAAGAAAAGCCAGUUUUGAAACCAGUAAAAGAGAAAAUUAGUAAAUCACAAAAAGAAAAAGCUGCUAAAGUGUCAAAAGACAAAGAACUGGAGGAGAAAAAACAUGUGGAAGCAGAAAGUAUUAAAGAUGAAGAAUCUGAAAAGAUGAUUAAACAAGAAGAAAGGAGACGAGAUAGAAAAGAAGCUAUGCUUGCCAAGAAAGAAAAGUCUCCAACACCUGAACCAAGUAAAAAGGACAAAGUACAGGAAUCAGUUACUGAAGUAAAAGCAAAAUCAGAAUCCAAAGCUAAAGAAGAUAAGAAAGAGAGCACUGGUAAAAUAAGGGCACGAAAAGAAAAAAAGCAAUCAUUGGAAGGAAGGAACAAGAGAGAAAAACAUGAUACUGCAGAAAAGAAAGAAAACUCCAAAAAAAGUAGUGAGGCUAAAAAGGAUAAGGAAUCAACCAGUAGGGAGUUAGACUUCACAAACGAGUUUGUGGAAGAAAGUAAAGCAGAGACCAUGGAAAAACAGGAAAAGGAUUCCGUGGACACAAAGGAGAAGGAUAUUCCGGAAAAGGCAGAAAAGAAGAAGGUUCGGAAAAGUAGAGCAAAGAAAGCAGAAGAGAAGAAACAAGAAAUGAAGUGUGAGCCCAAAGAUACAAUUGAGUAUGAGAAGGAAGAAGAAAAAGAACUCCCAGACUGUCAAGUUGAAAUGAAAAAAAUAGAACAAAAGGAUGAAAAAGAAGAAAAAGAAUGCAGAGUUGGAGAAAGAGAAAUUGAUAGGAGUAGUAGUAGUGAUACAGUUGUCAAAGACGUGACGCCAAUAACAACAAAGACUCAGGAAGAGAAGACAACAGAUAAAAGUGAAGUGACAGAGAAGGAACCUUCUCCAAUAGCAAGUGUUAGUGUAAAUACUGAAGAACUUAAAACUGAAGAAAGUGAUAAUACAAAAUCACUACUUAAUACUCCACCAUCAACACCUGAACAAUCGCCUGUAUCAGCCAUGGUUGAUGAAAUAGUCAUAACAAGUAAUAAACAACAAGAAGCCCAACCACAGCCAGAGCAAGAACCUUCCAAAGUACAUGAAGAGCAUAAAAGUGACAGUGAUUCAAGCAUAGAAGUGGGAGGUACAUCACAGCACCAAUCACAGCACCAAUCAUCAGCUCAAGUUACAGUCGUGACUAGUCGGGUGGAGUCACCAACUCUUAAUUCAAGUGGCAGUUCUAUAUCAAGCCAGAAUGGUGGGGGUGGCAGCAAUGGCAAUGUUGCUAACAUAGAAAGUAACAGCAGUAAUGAAGCUGAAGCUCCAACACGAAAGAGGCACAGAGAAACAGACGACUGUUCUCCAGCAAAAAGGCGGCGACAUAGUCGCAAACGUGCAGGAAGUGGUCGAACACGGCGAGAUAGCACUAGAGACAAGCCACAAAAUAGCAGUGAUAGUGAUGAGGCUGUUCCAACUCAAAGUACAUUAAGUAAUUUCCCAGCUCGGCCAAGUUCACCAACUGCAGCAUCGACAUCUGCUUCAUCAAGUUCCAGUGGUAAUGGCAAACCAGGAAGUCCAAGAUCAAGGUCACCCAGGCCAUCAAAAUGGAACUUUGUUAUAGAUUUGACUCACAUUAACUGUGCAGAGGAAAGAAUAGCAUUUAUACAGCAGCAAUUGACAGAACUUCGUAAAAUCUAUAUGGCCUUAAAAGCAGAGGUUGCUAGUAUAGACAGGAGGAGGAAGAGGCUGAGGAGGAAAGAAAGAGAAGCUCAAGCAGCAGCAAUUCAACAUGCCAUACAAGUAGCCACAGCGAUGGAAAUCUCGUAGCAAAUAGCCAUGACAUAGAUUUUUACAUUUUUAAUAUAUAUAAACAAUUUAUGAUCACCGAGAUCAAAUUUGUGUGGGUUACACCCACAAGGCGCCAUUUCUCUCCAGAGUAUUUUUGAUAUGUUAUACUGGAUAAUGUGUGACUGUAAAAAAUAUGAAAUCAUGGUCAACUAAGAAGUAAUUGGUCGAGUGACAAUGGUGUUGUGAUUAUAUUCAAUUGGAAAAAUGAUGUCAUUCGCAACCCCAUUAUCGAUGCAAUUUGUUAUGUUUAUAUACUGAUACUAAUUUUAUUGAUUUUUAAAUUCAAGAUUUUAUGUAAAAUAUAUUUCUCAGUAUUACUACUUUGAGAUGGAUGGUUCCUGUCUGAUUUUUUUAUUUGGCUUAUUAAGCUGAAAAUUCCACAAAAUUUGUUAAAACUUCACUGAUUAACAUUGAAACUUUUCACCCUCUUGUGGGAGAGCUGGUUUCGCAAUCUCAAUACAUUUAGUGAUUUUAUUCAAAAAUGAAUGAAAUUUUGUACUAUAGAUUAUUAUAAGGGCCAGAUUUACUGUUACCCACUCCUUUUUUUUUUUUUUUUUUUUUUAAAUAUCUAUUUAUUUAUUGCUUGGGCAAAGAUUUCAUCUCAAACAGCUGCACUGUAUAAUAGCUGAAAAAACCCACAUCAAGUACAUUCUCUUUUCCAAUGAACUUGUUUUAAUGUUUUCAGGCAUUAAUUGAUAAAUGGAUAACUUCUGGAUUUUGACAUGCAAGCUUUGUAAGUACAUGCAGAGUCAAUGGGUCACGAGCUCAUCACCUCUGCUCAGGGUUAAUUGCCAGAGUUUCAGACAUGUCACAUUCAAAUUUUCUGUUGCUUGUAUCCAUUCUGAAGUACCCGGUAGUUCAGAGACUAAAAAUUUUUGGUCAUACUAAUAACAAAAGUUGGUGUGAAGAGUAUACAUUUCAAGGUUUUGUUUGGAUCACACCACAUAUGUCCUUAUACUGCCCGUAAUGUAUUAAGUAACAUUUGGUUGUUGCUUAAUGUGUUAACAUGUUAACAGUUUAUGUGAGUAGCCGAGCUGCAUAUUUUGAUUAGUGACUAAGGUUGGGAAUGCAGUGUUGUGGGAUACCUGUAUGCAAUUUCAUAUAUUCAGCUUUUAGACAAAUUAUGUUGCCAAUCCCAUCUUUACAUGGUGCUUGUUUAAUACACUCCAAUGUUCCUGUAUAUUUGUUUUUUAAAUGAAUUGUCAUCACAUGUAUGCAAACGUGUACCCUAAUAAUGUUCAUUGUGUUGGAACGAGACAUGCUCUUGUGACUUAUGGAAUCACAGUCAUUGAUGUACUAGUGUUAUUGAGUGUACAGACCAAAAUGAAUGCACAUCUGUGUACUACAAUGUUACAUCUUGUUUUGUUUGUCAUACUCUCAUUGUUAAAAACAAAUCCAUCUCGUUGUACCUUGAUAUCAACACCCUGGUACAACUACUCAAUAGCAUCAGUCACAUGACCACACUUCACAUCAAAGACAAUUUAAAAUUAUAUUUUGUAUACAUUUUUAAAAGUGAAGUUAUAAAAACAAGAAUUAUAGUUUUUAUUUAACAAGAAAGAUGUUAUUUAAGAAUAUUGAUAUGUUAAAUCAGUUCAGAGGAGAGAGAAGAAACCAAGCUCACUGGAUUUUUUUUAUUUGUAUAACAUGAUUAAUAGUGUACAGCAAUAAUCUGUGUUAUAUUGAUGUUCACUGUACAGUUUUAUGAUGAGUAAAUCAAAAAAUGGUAUAUCAUGUUUUGAAGAAAAGAUUCAUUUUAAUCGAAAAUUUUACUUGAGAAGUUCGGAAUUGUUUUUAUUACGAUGAAACCAAGUUGUAUAUUAACCAUAUUCAAAUUUGGUGUUUUUGCUUGAACACCAACUUUUGCAGUUGUAAUAUUUUUCGUCUUGGAGGCAAAAGAGGAGUGAUAAUUUAACCUUCAAGGUAUUCCAUUUAUCUCAGCAUUAUCUUUACCUCUAUUGGUUCUAUGCGUGCUUUAAUGCUUGCCAUUUAUACACUAACAAUGUCUGCUCAAAUGCAGCCUACUCAUAGGGAACUCAUGGAAUUAUUAUGCAGCUUUGAAAGAAAUUGUACUAUGACUGUAUCUUUCGGUUUGCAUGAUCUUUUAAAUUAGAUUAGAUUUGCUUUGAUUUGCUUUGGUCAACAAAAUAGGUGCUCUUUUAGAUUAAUUAGAGCAUAUACAAUGAAGAAAUAAUACAUAAAUCUAGUAAAUGCAAUUAAAUUUUUCUAGCAUGUACGAAUAUGUAGAAGUUGUAAUUUAUUCUUUACGUACAUACUGAGAGUAUUAAAACUCAGUCUUGUCUUAGUAAUU